AUGGGUGGCAAGAAGGUUUGCAUCGUGGGCUCUGGCAACUGGGGCUCUGCCAUCGCCAAGAUCGCAGGCAGCAACGCGGCUCGGCUCGGCACCUUCCAGGAGCAGGUGAAGAUGUGGGUGCUGGAGGAGGAGGUGGGCGGCCGGCGCCUCACCGACAUCAUCAACACGGAGCAUGAGAACGUCAAAUACCUGCCGGGGCACAAACUGCCUCCCAACGUGGUGGCAGAGCCAGACCUACUGAAAGCCUGUGCUGAGGCUGACAUCCUCCUCUUCGUGGUGCCUCACCAGUUCAUUGGCAAAGUCUGUGACCAGCUCAAGGGCCAUGUGAAGAAGGAGGCUGUUGGGAUGUCUCUCAUCAAGGGGGUGGAUGAAGGACCAAAUGGGCUGAGGCUGAUCUCAGACAUCAUCCAUGAGAAGCUGGGAAUAGAGAUGAGUGUCCUGAUGGGCGCCAACAUCGCUGCCGAGGUGGCAGAGGAGAAGUUCUGUGAAACCACCAUCGGCUGCAAGAACCUGGAGCAUGGGCUGGAGCUGAAGGAGCUGAUGCAGACCCCAAACUUUCGAGUGACAGUAGUGAAGGAAGCUGACACCGUGGAGAUCUGUGGGGCCCUCAAGAACGUCGUGGCUGUGGGGGCAGGGUUCUGCGAUGGGCUGGGCUACGGAGACAACACAAAGGCUGCCGUGAUCCGCCUGGGGCUGAUGGAGAUGAUUGCCUUCGCCAAACUCUUCUGCAAGGGCCCUGUCUCCUCCUCCACCUUCCUGGAGAGCUGUGGGGUCGCCGACCUCAUCACUACCUGCUACGGCGGCCGGAACCGCAGGGUGGCAGAAGCCUUUGCCAGGACUGGGAAGUCCAUCGAGCAGCUGGAGAAGGAGAUGUUGAAUGGGCAGAAGCUGCAGGGGCCUCAGACGUCUGCUGAGCUGCAUCGCAUCCUCAAAAGCAAGCAGGCAGUGGACAAGUUCCCUCUCUUCACAGCUGUGUACCAGAUCUGCUACGAGGGCAAACCUGUGGCUGAUGUCAUCAAGUGUCUGCAGAACCACCCUGUGCACAUGUAAGGGGGCUCUGCCUGCAGGCCCCCAGGCCCCUGACCCUGCUGAGAUGGGUGCAGAGCUCCUGCCUGCUCCCCCUGGCUCUGCUGCUGCAGCUUUGUGAGCAGUCUGCAGCUGCUGGCAGCCUCUGCAGUGCUGGGAGGGCAGAGCUCCCCUGUCUCAGCCCAGGACACUGCCAGCCUGAGCCUGGCACCAGCACAGAGGUACCUGCUGACCUCCUUCUCUCUUUGAAGGGCUCAUUUAGCUUCUGCUGCUCUCAGCUUGGCCCUGAACAGGGCUGAGCAUCUUCCUCUCUUCUCUUUCUCUUGCCUUGGUGGAUUCAGUUCUCAGAGGGUCUCUGCCAGGUCACCUGGGUGGACAGGGGUGGUGCAGGAGGCACUGCCAGGGGGGAUGAGCUUUGCUGUUAGCCCCACAGGGCCACUUUGCAUCAUCCCAGCCCCUUCCUGCUUGCUGCUCUUGCUUUGGGCUUAACUGUCUCAUGGUGAGGGCAGAGCUCCCUGCCAGGCCCCUCCAGGCUGGCUGAAGCUCCUUGGGGCUGGAUCAGGUUUGCCAGGGAUGUGCCUUGAGCCCAGAUCCCUGGAGACAGUCAAGAUCAGGCUUGGUGUGGCCCUGGGCAGCCUGCUCUAGUUGGAGGUGUCCCUGCUGACUGCAGGAGGGUUGGACCCCCUCUGGGGGUCCCUUCCAGCCCAGUGCAGCCUGUGGCUCUGUGAGUGCCUCUUCCUCCUCAGCACUGAGGGCAGGAUUCUCUGCCACCCUGCCAUGUGCUGCUUCCACAGCCACCACCCCCUGCUGCUGCCCAACAGCCAAAGCUUUGUCUGUGAGAGGCAGCCCCAGACUGAGACUUCAGAGUUUGUUUAUUCAGUUUUUGCUCUCACAAUCAAACACCCUCACCCCUGCCCCCCCUGCCCCCAGGGAACUCCCCUCUUGGCACAGCUCUGCCUGUGCUAAUUCUGUGCCCAUGGACUGUGCCUGGGCAGCCUUCCUCCCUCCUGUCACUCUGUCCCCUGGCUUGGCUUCGGCAGUGCAGGAACCAACUGCCCCAAAGUCUUCCUGAGCAGCCUGUGGGCUGUGGAACCCCUGGCAGAGUACCUGGUAAAGCAGCUCCUUGCUUUUGGGUGAAUGAUCCACAGCAGCCUUCUGCCUUCUCUCUGGCCUGCUCCAGUCUGUGCCUUAGCCUGGUCUUUGCUUCUUCUGCCUGUGGCUCCCCAGCAGCUGUGAGAGCAGGUCCCACACUUACCUUCUGCUGCUGCCCCUCCUGUGAGGGGGCUGGAAAACGUCCAGCAAUGGACAUGAGCCACAGGAGGCACAUGAGGAGACCUCCAACAUCACUGCAGAGGACAGAGGUCUCCUGCCUUGCCCUCUGCCUUUGAAGCUUGCCCUUUGUCCAGCUGGAUGCCACCUGCCUCUCUCUGGUCCUGUGGAGCUGGCUCUGCUCCUGCUUGCUCAGGCCACUGUGGCCAGCAGGUCAUUGACCCCCUCUGGACUGGCAGAACUGAGAUGCUCCCUGCCCACCCCCACUCUGGCUCCUGCUGCUGCUGGGUGUCUGACCAGCAGUGGACUCUAGGGACACUUAAAGCAAUAAUAAACCUGGAGAGGAGAAGGAACCCAAGCCC